AUGGAUCCGGCCCAACCCCCAAGAUCCGAAGCACCUGUACGGGGUAGAAGCCCAUACGUCCCACUGCUCGAUGGUGCCACCAGCGCUGAGCUUGCUCAGCCGACACCUCCCUCCUCCUCCUCCUCAAUCCUGAGAAGUAGCACCACGGAUCCGGAAACGCCAAUCUUCAGUCCCAUUCCAAGCCGAUCACCCCCAUCUCAGAUGGCCGAAGCCGGGCCUUCUACCACUAGCAUGGCGAUCGAAGUCGACACAAACCCCCGGGAUCUCCUCGCAGAGAUAAACCAGUAUACUAUCGAACGGCCAUCCAGCAUGGAGGUAGCUCUCACAGGCAGACGUUCACAUUUGUCUGGACCCUACCAACGCAGACGCGAACGCAUGGAAAGAGAAGAGCCGCAGGGAGCAGAGAGAGCGAUAGAGGACCGCAUCGAGCAACGACGCACAGAACGCCGAGCCCAUAGGCACAGAUUCCGCAGACAUCGAGCCUCCAGUACGGAUGUGCUAGCCGACAGCCUGAGCACCUUGAGCACGAACGAGCAGGAGCUGAACAUCAUCCGCGGAGCGAACAUCCCAGGUAUAACGCGCCAAAAUCCAUUGGAUCCAGCUUGGGUCCAUUGGAAUGCCGGGAGAGCUCAGCCGAUGAGGGACGUCGUGCAAAGCAAUCAGUGGAGAGCGGGGGGAAUGGAUGUUGCUCGCGAAGAGGGUCUAGUAGGCGGAAUCAUGGCCACUGACGUCGAACGUGCGGAUACUGCUUCUGUAUAUGGUGGACCCACUGAGGAUGCAAACAUCCAGAUGUCCUACCCUCAAUUACCCCAUCACUCGCAGUCAAGAGAGAACUGA